CAGCGGGAAAACAGGCGCGCUAUUGUACACCGGUCAGACGUGUUGGCGCGCUAGCCAAGUAAGUUCUAUUACUGCGGGAGCUGUGGCGUACUUGUGUCAUUUCUCGUCAAGUUCUAAGUAAACAUACUGAAACCUGACUUAAUUUUUUGACGUUUUGAUUUCGUUUCAGCUUGUGCAUUUUUUUUUUGUUUUCUUUCUGCUGUAUCUUAUAUUUGGAACAAUGAAGGGCGGGCCGCUGGCUGUCGCCUGAUUGGCUGGCGGCAACAUGAGGCCGUGCUGAGUCUCCGCCCACACCCGCCACGCAGCGCUCGCGUCGACGAUCAGUACACGAGGGGUAGGCGAGCCGACAUGUCGCGGCAGCAGUCGGAGCGCAGCAUCCCGCACCUCAGGGACAUCUUCGGCUUCCACGGCGGCUGGGGCGCCCGCCAGGAGGAGCUGGUCGUGCAACAGAAGCUUCAGGACAUGCGGCUGGGUGCCGCGGACAGGAGCGGAGCGGGCAACGACAGCGCUGUGUCGGUGGGCUCGGCCAGCGAGGACGAGCUGCCCAGGAGCUGUUCGCCAGGGAAGAAGAAGAAGCAGCGCAGCAGUAGGCGAGACAACGCCCGCACGCUCACGGAGCGCGACGUCAAGCACCUGGAGCGCCACCUAUCCAUGAAGAAGACCAUCCGCAAGAAGAUCAUGCGCGACUUGCAGCAGGCGUUUGUCGAAGACCCCAGUGAGUUCCGCGUCGAGGACAUCUCGCCCGAGCAGCUCAAGGCCGAGAUCAACAUCCAGAGUCUCAGCUUCGGUGCGCCGCACACCGCGGGCAAGAAGGCUCCCGCCGAGUCCAACUUCCUAGACAUGCUGCGUGGCGCCAACAACAGCGGCGGCACCCCUGGCGGCAAGUUGGCGCACCACGACGACGACGACUCGGGACACGGGUCGCCGACGCGCGAGUCAUCGACACACCGGCUGGCGGGCUAUGAGGACGACGAAGAUGAGGAGGAGGACUACCGCGAGCCGGACGCCGGCAAGAAGACUAGCUUCUGGCGGCGGUUCGCUAUGAAGGGCCGCAGCAAGCGGUAGGGGGCAAAACACUCCCUUUCCCUGUCGACACCUCUGUGAUAGUGGGGCGAGUUCUGCCAUCCAGUACGCUACAGCCACUCCUGCCUGCUACCUUGGGCACCAGCUUGUAUGAUGUCCACGAGACAUGCAUGUGUGUUAUUGCCACUUUUUAAUAUGGAGCUAAGAAUUUAAAAUUUGGGUGUGUGCAAUAUUUGCCUUGUUAAUAUUGGAGUCAAAAUCUGGAUGGUAAAACAGUUUAAUUAAGUUUAACACCAAUGUCUUGAUGAUGUGUUGCUAACCUCCGUGUUUAACCACACUCACUUAUGAAGAGAUUUUUUUUGUAUAAUUCUUUAGUAGGCAGUAUAAAGGGCACAAACCUUUAACAACCAAGCGGGCAUGUCCCCUAUAUUGCCCACCAAAGAAUUAUUUCCAGUGAGUUCCUUUCAAGUAAUCAAACAAACAUCUGGCUUUAGAACUUAUGUAUAUAUGGUUCACUUUGUUAAAUAAUUUUAACUAAAGUGACUUAAUUUGACAGAAAUCAUUUUCAUAUACAAAUACCUCGUAUUUAGAUUCAUUUAAGUAACAACUUCGGCCAAAAUAUAUCAAGGAUCUUGGGUUACGGAGUCAUUAAUCGGGCAGCAGGCGGCGGACUGUUAUAUGUGGAUGAUUUGAGUGUUUGCAAGACAGCUAUGCAUUUACAUUUUCUGUGUCUUUACAAAUGUGAUUUACAAAUAUUGUUUAUAACCUCAAAGUCAUGAGAUGGGGUGCAGGGGCGAUUCGAGUAGGUACAAAAUUAGGUAAAUAGGGGGGAAAAUGGGGGUAGGGGGCAUUAUUUUGAAUUUAACCUCUUUCGUUUUAUAAUUACAGCUCCUUGCUCCUUGUUUGGGAAAACCCAUUGGUAGUGAAGAACUUGAUCAUGGCAUUAAGUAGCAACCAUGUCACAUGAAAGAAAGUUUUUACAACUAUCUUUACUUCAUAGUGUAGCUAUUACUUCGGCUAAUUAUUGAAAAUAAAAUAUUUGCUGCUUUGAGAAAAAGCUUCUACGAAUUUACCUACAAAACAUACACACACAAAACACACACAUAUGGUGGUUUUUGCGGGUUCGUUAAAUCCAUAAAAUUGUGUGCAUGUCGACUUAAGAAAGUGCCUAAUGCUCCAUGUUAUGCAAUCAAACUUUUUUCUGCAAAACUGUGAUAACUCCUGCAAUAUUAGUGCUAUCUAAGGUAUAUGUAGCUAGUCAAGUGGGGUUUAUAAUACUACAGUAAAUUAUGCUGGAUUACUAUGUUAAGUAGUGUUAUGGUUGCUUUUCUUCUUAAUGAAAUUGUACGUAAUGAAUAGUAGUUUAUUUGUGUAUGAUUAUUGUAAAUUACACUAUUAGAUGUUUCGCAUGGACAAAAAUAUACUUGUGUUACAUCAGUAAAAAUAAUUGUAGUGAAAAUGUGAUGUGAUGGAUUUAGUUGUAUUUACGUACAUAACAGUAUAAGCAUUCAUGCAAGAACUAAGCUAUUUUUAGAAUUAGACCAAGUUCCUCAGCAUGAAAUUAUGUUCCAACAGUUGACACGAAAAGAUAUUACAGUUAGUUUCCACACAGCACCAAAGUGUCAAACACAUUUCUGUAAUCUUGGAGAAACAUUACAAAAUUUAAGUAAUGUUUAUCAAAUAAUGUACCUGGAACAAUGUUUGCUGUAUAAGUUUUGACGUUUGUAUCCGUAUCACUAAAUUGUAAGUAGGCCUAAAUGGAGUUCCUUUUGUUUUAACCCUUUCACUCUAAAAUUUUUUUUAUUGGGUAAAAAAAUUAUUGGCUAUGAAAUUCUUUUUUAAAAUGACUUAUUUACCCUAGAAAUAGUUUCAUAAAAACGAAUAUUUAAUUUUUUUAUACAAUUUGAUUACGUCCAUUGUAGUGGACAUAUAGAGUCAACCGUGACAAUUUAGAGUGAAAUUAUUUUUAAUGCUGCAAGUAAAAAAAUUACAAUAAAAUCAGUAAACAUACACCAAAUUUGUUACAGACACAGAAAAUUCAAGUCAUAUAUUAGCAUAAACACUGUUUAAGACAUUUAUAAGUGAUAUUGAUCCUCAAAUUGAGGAAAUUACAUGUUUAUAAUAAUUCCAUUUACAAAGGUUUUUAUGCUUCAGACCGUGAACGCUGAUUUGAAACAUGUCCCGUCUUUUACAGAGCAUACAAAACUGUACACUUAUUACAAUUACAUUUAUUACCCUUGUAAUGUAUAAAAAUAAAGAUAAUUGUACAACAAAAUUUUUUUUUCAGUCAUUAGAUACACGAUCCAUGGAAAACGUCUGUGGAAAUUUCUUCAAACACAUAUUUGGCACAAAUAAAUUUACACUUAUCACAAAAAAUUCUUUAGCCAAAGAAUAAUUGUCAGUAGCAGAUGAUAUGCACACUGAAUAUAUCUUUCAAGAAAAUUACACUCUGACUUGAAGAUUUUUUCUGUAAAUUUGAAGUCAAGUUUAUAUGAAAAUUCUUGAAGCAGUUUCUUCCUUACACGAAACACAAAUGAACUUUACAUUUAUCACAAUAAACAUGUGUUUUUCCAAGACAUUUCUUUUCUUUACAACGUGUUGCUUCUUUGGCAUCAUCAUACUCUGGCAUAUGAUCUGUCAAUUAUUUUUGAACUUCUUCCAGUGGUCGCUUUUCAAGAGAUUUGCACUUUACUGUUGGACUAUCACUUUGCCUCGGGCGCCCUCGGUUUUUUGCAGAACCUGAAGUAGGUCUGUACAUUUUCACCAGUGACUCGCCUAACCUCAACUUGAAAUGUAAAAGAUCAAGUAAUUUCUUGUCAUUUAUGUGUUUGUUGUCCUGCUUGUACUCGAGCCAUGAAUUCACGAUAGCCAUGUCUAUUGCAUGGAAAACAUACGUAGGGUCUACUUUCUACUCUUCAAGUAAAUUCUGUAGAGUGAAACUAACAUAUCGUAUUUGUCAACCCCACCCAUGCUUUCAUUGUACAUUUUGACAAAUUGUGGACGUUUCACAUUUACAUGAGAUUUUUUAGUUUUGUCCCAUCUCUUGACUUCAUCACAUUCACCAGUGCCGAUGAAGUUGGAUGCCAAGUGUACACUGCGGUUAUCAGUCCAUUUCACGAGAACUGCUUCUCCAUCUCGACUCACAAGCUCUUCUCAAAAUCCACGCCCUGUCUUGGCUGACUCUUUGUCACUCAAAAAUUGAGGCUUACCAAACCUAGCGACACGAACAGUUCCAGCAAUGUGUAACUUCUGCUGCCUGAGUUGUUCAACUAAGUUGUAGGUAUGAAAAUAGUUAUCACAGAAGAGAAUGUGAUGCUCUUUUGUCAGUCUUAUUGACAAGUGUAUCACUAUUGCUGCACAAAAACCAAAUGUUUUCAGCACAUUUGGGUCGAUUUCAGUGCUACUACCCUGAUAAAGAAGAAAACCAUAACAUAAGCCACUUUUCACACAAAGAACAAAGUUUUUUAUCCCCCAAGGAUUUGGCUUUCCUCGCAUGAACUGUUUUGUCUGGAGUGUUCCUCGAAAUGGAAUCAUUUGCUCAUCUACACAAACAUUUUGUUCCACAUUCAACUCUAGGCAACGACAACGUACUGCAUCAUAAAUCAGCCUGACUUUAUAGAAUUUGUAAGUAUUAUCGUUUGGUCGUUGCAAAUUGUUUACAAUGUGAAUAUGUGAACGUAGUUUGUAAAACCGAUCUACUGUCAUAGUAUCUGGAAAAAUGUUUACUUGUAGUGAUUUUUCCCAGUACAUGCUUAUCCUGGGAUACUUCAGACAACUCAUGACUGCGUGCAACCCUAUAAAAGCUCGUAUCUCCAAGUCAUUUGUUGGAAUAAAAGAAGUCCCUUGUUGGAGAGCAAAGAUGUUGGUCAUGGAUGAAAUAGUCGAAAUGUCUUAAUCUGAAAUGUAUCUACUAAAGUACUGAACAGGGGUCAAUUCUGAUAUUCCACUAUCACACACCUCGGAAUCAUUCCACUCAAUACUUGGUGGGUCGAAAGGUCUUCGCCUCCACCCUAUAUCCUUUGUUUUGGUAAGUUGUUUGUAGGAGAUGUAAAAUCUCUCUGAGGAAUAUCUUCUUCAAGAGUGUUGUAGGCAUUCUCCAAUAAAUCGAAAAUACGUGCCACGUCUUUAGGAUCCGACAGAUUGAAACGUUCUGAAAAACAAGUAAACAUAAAGUUAACUCUUCAAAAUGUAGUAAAACAAAUUAUUCCUGUUUCUAAAAUGAAAUUUAUACUAGAAUUUAUUUUGUAGACAGGUGUAAUUAUUAAUUAUACAUUAUUCAUACAUAUAUGUAAAGUUUUAUAAUAUUUAUUUGCAUGUAUAUCAAAUAAAUUUCCAUUCCAGUGGACAAAAGUAUUUAAAAGGCUUGAAGGCGAUUUGCAACUCUUCAAACGAUAUGUCCAUUCUAAUGGACAAACAAUUUGAAGUCAUAUUAUGAUAAAACCUUUAGAUUAACAGUGGUAUACAUAUUUUUACAACUUCAUUCUAUCUUAGCAAUGCAAUCACAAAUGAUAAAACAUUUAAAACCACUUAAAAAUAAUAUUAAAAAUGUAAGGACAAAAUGAUGAUACCUUGUCUAUUGCGCGCCAUGACGACAUGCAAGAGAUAGAGUGGCCAGGCAGUUCCAACCUUCGUCACAAGAUAGCACCACACGUCAGGUAGUGCGCUGGGUUGAAUAAGGGUGCGUUCCAAUACUUGUGUGGAGCAAAAUGCCGCUUAGUUUGAAAUAAAACUUCGUUCAAAGUUUGUGUCCAUUACAGUGGACACCAGGAGUGAAAGGGUUAAAAUUAAUAUUUAUAAAAAAAUUAAAGCUAAGCAUCAGAACUGACAUUAACAUUAUUUAUGCUGAUAGAAACCCAAACCAUAAAAGUUUAUUAAGUAAUAUGGCUCCACUAUCUACUUGAUACAAUGAUACCAUAAUCAUCAAAAGUUCUUUAAUGAAGUUUUAUAGUGAAUCAGGGCUAAAGAUUUGCCCUAGUUUCUCACAAAUAAAAUUUGCUAUGUACUUAAGAGAGAUACCUUUUGCUGAAUAUUGUUAUGUUCAUCUUUUCAACUUUCAAAAAAACACUUUUCUUAGCAAAUAAUGUUCUAGCUGUUUAUCUUUAUAUGUAUAUGUUGUUUUAACAAGUGUAUUUCAAUUAAAUUUAUAUAGUAUGUGUAAAAUACUUUAUGAAAUACAUAUUUUAAAAUUUGUAGUUUGCAUUAUGUGUGUAAGAGAAAAACUAUGUUAUUAAUAGGUAGGUAACUGAUUUGUGUAACCAUUCACAAAUUUGUAGAGAUGAACUUCUUGCCAUAGUAAAAUUAUUAGACAUUUUAUGUAAUACAUUGAAACUACUUGUACAAACACAGGUCUUCUAAAGUUACAUAAUUUUUACAAAUAAAGAAACAUAGUACCUAUAUGGGCAGUGAGAUAAACACAGAUAAGAUAAUAUGUGAAAUUACUUUUAAUGAGUACCUAUACUUUGUUCUUGCUGAUUUGAUAAUUAAAUGCCAAUGGAGACACUAUAGAUUGGAUUUGGAGUUGUGAGAGUGAAGAGGAAGGAGCUGGUGGUAGAGGAAGUCAUUUUCUUGCAUUCGUAAAAUUUUUAAGAAAUGUUUCUUCAACAUUUACAAGGGGAAAAUAUUUCUAUUGUUUAAUUUUCAACAGUUUGCUCCAAUAAAGCAUAGUAGUAAGUGGAUCGACUAAAUAUUGAUGGUGACUGGCUGUUACAAAUAGUUUCACCUGUAAAGUUAUUGACAUUUAAUAUUUAAUUCAGUUUUGGUGAUGUCUAAAGCUGUAAUUAUAAUGUAGAUAGACAUAUUAUGCUGGUCUUUGGAUAUCUCUUAAUGUGUUUUCUCUACCUUAAUAUAGGCAAAUUUUAAAUAUAAUUAAAACUGUUAAUGCUUAAAAAUAUUUUGAAACCAAUAUGGUGUCUUUCGGUUUCUAUCUGUCACCAUUAAUAAAGCAGAUUAUCUACACUUAGGACCAAUCUUUGGUUAAACUUUAGGUAACUAAGCUUCACUUAAAAUUAUCACAAAAUUUUAAGGUUUGUUAAAGGUUUUCAUUAUUAAAGUUUGUUAUACACAAUUACAAGCCAGUGGCAAUUGUUUUUUUGUUUGUUUGUUUGUUCGUUUAUUUGGGAGUCAUAACCAAGUUACGAUUGUACAGAAAGAAAGAAAUAUUUUUUCUUAACCUUUUUUUAUACCUAUUAUUUGCGAUUAUUUAUGUUCAUAGAAACUUAUAUAAAUACACAUACACAAUUUUUAAAGAGUGAAAUCAGGAGUUUUACCAAAAUACAUUUAGGUAGUAGUACCUAAAUUGAUGUAUUACCUAUAUAAUUUUUCCAAAAUCAAAAAAGGGAAGAUCCUUCUAUUUUGUUAUAACAAUUGCAGUUAGCUUUAUUUUUAUUCUUUAGCAAAUCUUAAAUUUUACAAACAAUUUUUGAAGUACAUAUCAGAUAUGUAGCUUUUAUGCAUAGUAAUGAAAUAUGUUAGAGGUUAACAGGAUAUGUCACUCAAAAAAUGUCUAAGCAUUUUAUAUUAAUUUUUGUGGAAUAAAUAGAAAGUAUCAUUGUAUUACUGAUAAAUAAAUGAGAAAUUAGCCCCAUACUUAAUUUACUUAUCAAAAAUAUCAUCAUAUAGCAAGAGCAGGGGCGCAACAACAGGGGGGGGGGGGGGGCAAGGGUAUUUUUCCCCCCCCUCUGAAACCUUGAAGUGGGGGCAAACGGGGGCAAAGAAAGUGCUGUGUAAUCAAUUUUUAGAUAGUAAAACUGCUUAAAUAGCACCAUUUUCCACCUUGAAAUGCAAAUUUUCCCGGGGGAGGACCCCCAGACCCCCCGCUUCAAUAGGGGGGAACGAUGAUUCUUUGUAAAAAGGUAUAUUGCCCCUCCUUUGGAAAUUUAGUUGUUGUGCCCCUGAGCAAGAGUUAAACAAAAUUUUAGUAAAUGCAAGAAGUAAAUAUAGUACCUACUUAGUACUUGUAUGUUUCAAAUAAUGAAAAGGAAAUUCAGUUAGCCACAUCAAACAGUGUUAAUGGUUAAAUAUAACUUUUAUCAUAAUGGAAGAUUAAAAUUAUAAAUCUGAACUAAAAUAUUUACUUAUUUAUUUGAUAACAAUUGCUAAAAUUGUAUGUGAAAAUAUUUCAUCAUAAAACUAUUUUUGCAAGAUUAGUUUUAAUGGAAACACGAGUAGAAGUUCACUUUCGUUUAGCACAUUAUUUAUUUAGUUAAAAACAUGCAUUUGAAUGUUAUCAUCUCAAUCAUAUUACACUAUUUUUCUUACUUAAAAAUUUGAGGUUAUUUAUGUGUCUUGAUUUGUUGUAAAAUAUCAGCUGGCAUAAUUGUGCGGCCAUUUUGCACUCUGCUAAAUUAUGGUUAAAAAAAAAUAAACAACUAAAAUUAGGCGUUUAAAUUCAGCUAUGGGUAUCUAUCUUAAACUCGAGUAAUAUUUGGUGAAAUGCAAUUCGUUAAUAAAAGUGGAAUUACAAUAGCCCUUUACCUCCGUCCGUCUGUCUCAUUUAAUCCGUCAAAGGCUCGCAGCUAGCCAAGCAAUUUACAACAUGACUUCAUCCGCCCGUUAAAAUAUUUUCCCAAGAAAGUGCUACCUACCAACAAUCAGUGUUUUUCUCUCAGAGACUUAAUUUCUAUGUUGUUUACAAUUAUGUAAUGUUUUUGUACGUACCUAUUGUAUUAGCAUAAUCUCGAAAAAAUUCAGAGUCUCAAUUGAAUUGUUUGGACAUGAGUUCUGAGAACCGCAAUGUUAUUGUACAAAAUAUGUGAACAACCUUAUACAAACACCAGUCCUGUAUUCUAGUAACAAUUGACUGCCGCAGCUAAAUCCACAGAUAUAAUCCAUCUGUCCGUCCAUCAAAAAUAUGAGUUUCCCAAACUUUUGAUGGGCCGACAAAUGAAAUUUUUCGAACCCUCCGAUUGGCUAAAGGUCACAUGACUGAGGGACGGAGGCGACAGGCUAUUGUAAUUUCGGCCUAAGUGACGCUUAAGUGUUGUCAGCUCUGCUUAAAAUAUUAAACGGAUGUGUUAAAAUUUGUUUUUAACAAUUCUAUAUACUGUAAAGUACUUAAAGUUGUCAAUUUGAAACUACUUCCAGAAAUUAGCAAAGUACCGGUAAUUUUUUUUUACUAAUAUACUAUAUAUCUAAAAUGUCUUCUCUACUACGUACCUCCAAUCCCCUGUAUUCCCAAGAAUGAGAGCCAUUCUACACCAAAAAUAUGUUUUAGUUGACAUUCGUUAUAAAGUUUUUGCUUUGUACGUACUUAGCUUAUUUUGCUUGUUAUCAAGUUAGUGUUACGGAUCAGAAGUAAGUUUUUCUAAAUUAAGUACUUUUUAAUCUUGCCAUUUUCUCCCUACAGUUUAUGCCUUUUUAAAAUUACAUUUUUUAAAACCUCAACUCUAUUUGUUAAGUCCAAAGAUUGAAGAUUCUUACUAAAUAGUAGAUUGUAAAUAUCAUUAAUUUAUCUAAACCUCUUUUAAAAAUUCUACUUUUUUUUGCAAAAGUAUGUGGUGCUUUUAUCUCCUUUGAAAUUGUAUGUUUAGUUUACGGAAUUUCAAAAUAGGUGUUUUUUUUUAAACCAUUGUUACCUUAUUAUUCAAUUGUUAAAAAGAGUUAACUUAAAAAUUGUUAUUGCUGUGGUACAAUAGUGUUUAGCAAUGAUGUUCUUAGAGUCCGUGUUUUGACCAAUGUUUUAACUGUUAUAUUAUGUUUGUUAUCAACUUAUGAGUUUUGAUUCUGUCAACUUUUGAAUAUUUGGUUCCUAUAAACUAAAAAAUAAGAAGGUAUUUUAGCCUUCUAGUGUUACUUGUAAAAAUUUUUUGUAACUAGCUAAAUAAUGUCAUUCAUAGGAAAAUAAUUUCAGUUUUCAUUAAAAGUUCUCAAUAAAUGGUUCAGUAACUAUUCAAGGCUAACAAUUGUUUUUACACCAAUGAAACAUUUUACCAUGACAAGCACCAGCCAAUUUUUAAUUUUUUUUAAAUUUUAGACUAUCCAUUUCAUUCUGCUGAUAUUAAGUACAUUUCACCAUCAACCAGAAACAAAUUUUCUUUUUAUGUUCAUCAUUAUACUGACGUCACACCUUUUGCAGCAGAAAAGCCCGGUCCCCACCCCGCUGUCAGAAUGCACCUCUAGCCCUCUCCCGAGUCAAAGACGCAACUGUACCGACACGGAAGAAGGGUAAUCAGUGUUGUGGUAAGUGGCCAGGUGUGUUAAUUAUUCUUUCAUUUCAUUUGCCCAUGCAAUGUGCGUUAACCCCUUUAGUGUCCACAAGGGAUAGUGCAUCAUACAAGCAUGUUAGGUCGUUAAGAGCACCCUAUUCUGUGAUCGGCAGUGUUUUUCCUUAAGGCCUGGGGGCCUAUCUUAAUUUAUAGUUAUACUUGUUCACAUUAUUUUAAUUUUAAACUCAUCUUAAACAUAGUUACGGAGCAGAUCAAAGCAAACACUGACAGUCUCUAACUUGACUAGUAAUUUAAACUUUAAUCUUAACAUAAUAAUUUGUCAUUCGAUUUUUUAAUCAAGGCUUAGUGAAGUGUUUAGUUAUUAAAUUUCAUGAGGGAAGGGACAGCGAAAUCGCGCGCCACAUCCAUAAAUCACUAAUAAAUGCUUUACAUCAAAUUUAACGUGUAAACAUUUUACAAUUUACUUAGUUAAAUUACUCAUGUAGGAAACGACAGACAGAAGGUCUAAAUAUGUGCGCAUUAUCUAUAUGGUAAUUUUUACUUGUAAAACACCAGUCAAACCCGAGACUGUUCAUCGCUUGUGGGCUACUCCGUUACCUGAAGCCAGGCUAUUUAUAUAUUAUUAAAUACACUCGGUGAACACUGCGUAUCAAAUCUGGCCUGGGUCCGCAAAAGGUAUUAAGGAGUUUAUCAAACCAGGUACUCUUAAAGACCUCUUCACAAUAGCGCGGCGCGGCACGAUGCGACGCGUAGCGAUGUGACAUCAUUCGAUACCAACCAAUCAGAGUUAACAUCGCUCGCGGCGAGCGAUAGCUCGCGACGUGAGCACAAGCGACAAGACUGCCUUGCCGCGCCGGGCGACAUCGCUGAUGACAUAAGAGUAGCCAGCCAAUCGCAAGCAAUAAUUCUGAGCAUGGGCGUAGAUCCCGGGGGGGCCAGGGGGGCCCGGGCCCCCCCUGGAAUUAAUGGGCCCCUUCCUUGGGGGGGGCCCACUUCGUGAUUUUAAAGUUAAUGGUGUACACAGCAUAUAUAUCAGAUUAUUAUUUACAACGACGUCAGACACUUUGACAUGCUUUAUAUUCCUACCUUUGAGUUCCGUAGUUAUUUUCCCCUACCCCUUCUGCGAAAGCCAUGGUAUGGAGUUUUCCAGUGAGAACUUUGAAACCCUUAUUUCCUAGAAACCGUUCAUUCCAAAGGACGAAGCUAGGGUAGGGUUCCGUUAGCAUUUCCUCCCCAUUGAUACCCACACUACCUUGUCCUCUGAAACGACAGUAUUAUAGGUUUCAGGUAGUCUGUUUUUAAAGUGGUUUUGCUCUCGUGUGCGCCAGUCUUCUGCUUUCUUGGCAAACAUCAACAUGGAUAAUUUCGUGACGCGGAAGAAACGUAAAACAGAAUCUGAUUCUCACCUGGUAAGCUUGAUUGUUUUAUAAGUAGUGACUAUUAUUUAGGUAAUAUAUUUUAUUUAAGUGAUUAUGUAACGUUAUUUUUCCAGUAAAUAAACAACUUAAUACUUUAACAGUAAUUAUAGCAGAAUUUAGUUUAUUUACGAACUGAAACUUAUAUACCAUUACACAUCCGUAUUUAAGUUAAUAAGGAAGCAAACGCGUCUCUUUAAUAACUAAUCAAGCGGUAUAUUUUAACUAAAUAAUAUUCACUGCCAAAAUACUGAUUAUACUAAAAAUAAGCCGAGAAAUGUAUGUGGUUCAAUUAACUGUAGGAUAAAUUUUAUAGUUCUAUCUACGAGAUUUUUCAUUUGUCAUUAAGUUUUUUUUCUUUAUUACCUGGUUCAUGCCUUUACUAAAUAAAAGAGUCUUUAAGGGUUUUUAUAUGAUUCGAUCGUUCAUUUGAUGUUGAUCCGUUUAUUAGCUUUGGAGCUUUGGGUUUUUAGGGCGCAUCAAAAACUGUGAACAAAGAAUUUCACGAACAGCAUUUGAAUCGCAGUAAUUAUGUGAUGUGGCAUAAAAAACCCGACAAAGUGCGAGUCGAACUCGCGCGCGAAGGGUUCCGUACCAUUAUCUAUAAAAACGGCAAAAAAAAUCAUGUCUGUUGUAUGGGAUUGGGAGCCCCUCUUAAAUAUUUAUUUUAUUCUGUUUUAGAAUUUCUUGUUAUAGCGGCAACAGAAAUACAUCAUUUGUGAAAUUUUAUUCUGUUUUCACGUUUGUUGUAUGGGAGCCCCCUUAAAAAUUUGUUUUAUUUUAAUUUAAUCAUUUAUUUUAAAGUGAAUAUAUAACUAAAUAUUCUGUGAAUAUUUCAAGCGUCUACCUGUUGCCGUUUUCAAUAUCAAGCAAAAACGAACAAAAAAAUCACGUUGGUUGCAUGGGAGCCUCCUUAAAUAUUUAUUUUACUAUGUUUUUAGUAUUUGUGUCUAACUAUCACGGUUCAUGAGAUACAGCCUGGUGGCAGACGGACAGACAGACGGACGGACAGCGUUAUAUUCACGUAUAUUAUUUUAAUAGAUUUUUCAUGGAUAUUUUAUGUAUUUAGGUUAGCAAAUUAUUCAAACAUGUUUGAGAGAUCAUUUCUUAUAGUCAUUAAUUAAUAAUUACUAAAACAUAUGUUGCUCUGCUUUAUUGUUAACCUUUUACCUGCCAUUGUUCCACUUAUGGAACAUGAUUUUGAGAAUAUUUUUUUAUACAACAAAAUUAAAAUAUUUCAUGACAUAAUUUUUUCCUAGUUAAACAAAGUCCAUUUUCAAUUUACAGAUUUUAUUUAGUGACAUAUGAUGCAUUUCAUAAAGGUAAGCAAUUUCUCAAAAUGGCAAAAUCAGAUGCGGUGCGCACUCUUUAUUGUUUUUAUUUUUAUUUUGCUAUAAUAAAAAUAAAUUAUCUAUUUAGAAAGCUUAGGGUGCCUUAGGAAGUGUAAAAGAAAUGAUUCCACGUACGAGUAUUCAAUUAUAACUUUUACUUAUCUCACUGGUGUUCCAGACGUUUAGAUGUUCCAGAAGUGGAACAUUGGCAGGUUCUGGUUAUUGCGGACCACUUUACUUAUAUGCGUCACCGCACGCCUACUGCGCAUGCUUCUACUUGCGCCUCGCAGCCACAAACUGUACACGUCAUCACAUAACUUUCAUGCGAGUUACUACCUGCAGUGGAACUCGGUCUGCUCUUACUUAGUUUUCUUUCAACUGUCUAAGAGUUGUGUUAUAAAAUCAUUUGCUGUCAUUGCAGUAUUUUUAGGUUACCUCUGUGCAUGUGAGGGCUUUUAUGGCGAGUGAAACAGUGUUUCGUACAGUGAAUGACGCACUUGACUACUUGAAUUCUUUGAAUGAUUCUGACAUCACUGACAAUUCCGAUGAAGAAUACGACUUGUCAGUUAUCUCCAGAAGAAAAUGAACGAUUGACGGAUAAUGAAGACAUUGAUGACAACAAUUUGGGAGAAGUGGAGCCGACUGACGUUUGUGGACAGGUAAUUUUAUUUAUAAAAUCAUGUGCAUCUGUGUCCAAUGAAACGCAGCAAGAAUCAUUUCCUUCAACUAGUAAAGAGUUGCCUGCUCCUAAAAGAAAUUGUAAAAGAAAAGCUAAUCCAAAACCUGGAGUGAAAGGUAAACAUAUCCCGGAAAAACCAAACUGACAAAAAACUAAAAGCUUCAGUUAUGUACUUCCUUCUGAAAAUCAAGCGAAACUCGGUGAUAAAUUUCCUAAAUUGAUAUCCCUUGAGCCUAUUGACCUGUUUUUUGAGUUCAUGAACAAAAGAACAAGAGUUGCAAUUGAUCAACCUCAUCUCCUGAGGCAAUAUAACUAUGACAUGGGUGGAGUUGAUGUUAUGGAUAUAUUGUUGGGAUCUUACCGGCCAAAAUUGCAUUCAAAAAAAGUGGUGGUGGAACUUGUGCCCCAACGCGCUCAACAUGUCUGUUGUUGCUGCGUGGAUUGUUCACAAAGAGCUUCACUCCAAACAAUCGUGUUUACAUCUCGACCAUCUUUCUUUCGGCGACAGGUACGUUUAGUUUUUUCUAUUUUUUUUCUAUUUUUUAUUUUACUUAACAUUUACCUAAUCAAAAAAAUUUGUUGUUCAGAUUACAAUGGCCCUCCUGCGAAUUUCUCCUUGAAAGGAGGGGCCUAGAGUUGGGCCAAAGCCUCGUAUACCGCCUUCUCAACGAAAGUCAGAUGGGCAUUACUUGAUUUCGGCAUCACACGGAAGAUGUGCUCAUUGUAUCUCCAAUACGAAGUACCAAUGCAAUGACUGCAAGAAGAGGAUCCAUAUUGAGUAUUUUCCAUAUUUCCAUGGACUGAAA